GGCAUGUUUAUUUGGUCAUAUUUUCGUGUAUUUGUAUUGACGUUUUCGUGAUAUUUUUGCCAAAAAAUUUCUACAUAAAAACCCAAAUACCGAAUGGCCAAGUGAAGUGCCGCCGUAGACGAAAUUUGAUUUGAGUUGUUCUGUGGUCUGCCAUGUUUGGUUGAGCCUGAGCCGAACGAAUUGGCGAAUGUUUUUCAACGUGUUUUUCUGCUAUAAUCAAUAUGAUUUUGUAGUUUAUUGAGUGGCACUGAAUAUUUGGUAUAUAUUUGUUAAAAUACGUAAUCAUAUUACGGCGCACGUCACAGUUAUACAUACCUAUCUACCACAAGUUUAGUAUUAAUCAAAUCUGUCAUGUCAAAUAAUAAUUCUAGAUCACGCAUUCCUACACAUUGUCAUUGGGAAAAUUAAUUCAAAAGUGAAUAAAAUGUAUUUUAAAUAAAUGAGAUCAAUCAUACCCAGAUAUAAUGGAGACUGUAUCAGCAUCGGCUCAAGACGAUAGCUCAGGGGCCAAUCCCAGUAGUGUCAAGAGUGAUGACAGUAGCCCACAACAUGAAAGUGGUCGUGGGUCACCACCGCCUAACUGCGCUAUUUGCCUCGGCACAUGUAGAAAUAAAUCUUUCACUGAUUCUUGUCUGCACCAGUUUUGUUUUAAAUGUCUUCUGACUUGGAGUAGGGUAAAAGCAGAGUGCCCACUUUGCAAACAAAAUUUUAGAUCAAUUAUUCAUAAUGUACGGUCUAAUCAUCAAUAUGAGGAGUAUAUGGUUGAGCAGAGACAAACAGAAGAAACAAUUGAAAGAUUGGACUUUGAUAACCUAGCAGCAAGUACACGGAGGUUCAGAUACAGAACAACGCUGACGUUGCCUCGGCAUGAGUCGCUGGCGAUCCAGCAGCUGCUGCUGCGCCACUACCCCAUAAUGGCGGAUGUGUUCCCGCCGCCGCAGGAGCGCGUGCCCACGGGCCGCGUGCCGCCCGCGCGCCGCCGCCGCCGCUCGCCGCUCGCCUUCCGCCGCACCGUGUACCGACACAACCUGUGGGCGCGUCCGCUACCCGACUUCACCGGCCGCUUCAGAGAUUGCUCCCCGGAUUUCUAUAGGUACAAUGAUUCACAAAUGCAUCGCUUAGUGCCUUGGCUCAAUAGAGAACUUCACUAUUUACUGAACGAAAAUAUUGGCCAUAUAUCAUAUGUCAUCGCUCGUAUCCUGGAAUUGCUACCACGGUAUCAUAUCAACUCGCCUGAAUUCAGAGAAGCUUUACAAGUUUACUUUCGGGACAGAACAGAACAUUUUCUUCAUGAGCUUUAUUGUUUUGCUUCCACGCCUUACGACUUAACAGGAUAUGACCGCAAUGUACAGUACACUACAGAUACCUCAAUAUCUACAAUGGUCAAUGAAGUCAUCUCCAGUUCUGAAUCUGAAGCUAGUGUUGAUUCCGAUAUUGUAAUGGUUUCGAGCUCGGGGCCCGCCGAGCCGCCACCAGGACCGUCGCGUUUGCCCGCACCUGUGUAUCCUCAAAACUACAUUCCACAACCAGCUGCAAAUAAUAAUGUCAUACCCAUUGAAACUAUAUCUCACUCAGACACGGACGAUGAUUCUUCCGAAGUUAUGGUCGUCGGAUAUAUAAAACCACCACAGGAUCGCACUCCGGAAGUUGUCGAUUUACUUGGUUCCGACAGUGAUGUUAUAGUUCAAGACACUAACCCACCGGAAACUCAAGCCCAAAGUUCGGAGAACCAAGACACUAGACUGGCACCUUUAGUGAAAUUAAUAUUGAAAAGGCAUGCCUCGGAACAAAAUGCAGAUUCUGAUAGCGAUGACAACACGCAAAGGCCUCCACCGAUAAGACGCAAGAAGAGACAUCGUUCUAAUGACACCGCCACCACAACUGAUACUUGUCGGACCACACCAUCCCCUCCACAUAGUUGGGAGUCCGCAUCUUAUUCAGAAUCUAUGUCUACCUUUUCCUCACCAACUACGUCAUCUUUGAUAUCAUCAACUACAACAGAAUCUGAUUCUUUCAGUACCUCUGAUAGCUCAAGUAAAAAACGUAAAACCUCCAAGAAAAAGAAGUACAAAAAGAAAAGCAAAGAAGCUAAUUCUACCAGCAGUGAAAAAAGGAGACAUAAAAAGCGUAAAAGUCGUUUGCCCGGCAGAGAUAAUAAGCAAGUGACUAAAGAGGAAAAGGACAAAAACAGUACGCGUAAAUCAAACUCUGGUAAAGGAGUAAAAUCAUCAAAAAAAGUACCACCGCCUCCAACACCAACAGUACAAACACCUCCACCACCACUUAGUGAUCCUCAAGAAGAAAGUGCGGCAAUAUUAGAUCAACCAAGUACUAGUAGUGGUUAUAGACACAAAUCCAAAAAUCGCAAGCGUCGACGUCCAAGCCGUGAGAGUAAAAGACUGAAAAGCGUUGUAAAUGUGAUGUACAAUAAAAAAUCUAGCAGUGAAAUAAGUUCUGGUAACACGCCCCCGUUGAACGCGUCAAGUAGUAUUGCGACUAGCUCUAGUUCUAGUAACGGCGUUAACUAUACAAAUAAUGUGGAACCCAUUGUGUACAAUAAUGCAGAAGUGCCCUCCACAAGCCAUAGACAAGUAUCAAAUUCAGAUUCCGAAGAUGACCUACCUCUUAACUUAACAAUACAAAAAACAUACAUGUCGUUAUGAGAAUCUAUUGUAUAAAUUAUUGAUAUUGUGAUAAUAUUGUACUCUCUUUUACUUACCAAAUGUGUCAGGUAUUUAAUUUAUAUGUAACAACAUCCAAAACUUAAUUCUUGGUAUCACAUUGAUAUCUACAUCAGUUUUUAAAGCAUCACAAAUUUAUUUAAUUUGAUUUUAAAUGUUUCAAGUGCUAAUUAAUACAAUAUGAUGAUUAUGUAUAUUCUAGAUGCUUUGAUUGCAAUGAUAAAUUUAAUUGCAUACCUACUGUAUGUAGAACGGGUCUUUCAUUUUUGCCGUAAGGAAAAUCAUACCACAUUAAAAAAUAAGUAGGAAUUUCAUAGUGAUAACAAUUAUUUAUUUAUAUUGGUUUUGACUCAAACAUAAUGUCGUAAUAAACGUACAGUCAAAAAAGUGGUAAGGAUUCGUUAUGUAAGGCGUAAACCCCUUGAACUCGAAUGUUCAGUAUCCUUAGCACAAACCAAAAUCGAAUAGUUGAAUUCGGUCUCGAUACGCGUCACAUGUGAAGAAGUUUUGUAUAGAAGAAUUUUAAUUCUCAUUACGUCCGUUGUAGCGCUGUUCAAAUUUCCAUAAAAACUCACAGAUUAGGAAUAAACUUCUUGACAUUUAACGCGUGUCUAGAUCGAAUUCAACGUUGGUUCAUGCUAAGGGUACGUUAAGUUCGAGUGGUUAUCGGUUAAAAGUAAAUAACAAGGAAUACAACUUCUUUGAUUGUAUGGCGAAGAAGUAGGCAGCCAUUAUCUCGAUUACAAUGAUAUAGAAAAGUGAACAAUCUAGAUAGAAAGUAAUCGAUUCAUUACUCGACGGCCAUACUCAGAGACAUCAAAUAAAUUUCGUAUAUUUCCAGUCACCCCCACGGGAAUUGCCACCGGACUGAGUUUAAUGACUUCAUUCCCAUUUGCCUCCAGUGGCAAUCCCCGCGGGGGCGUGGAAGAAACGUUAUUUUUUUUUAUUCACAUUUGCCUCCGGUGGUAAAUCCCGCAGUGGCGACUGGGUAUAUGCGAUUUAAAGUCAUGCGUUGGCUUAAUCUAUACUUCCUUCAAACAAAGAAUCUGACAGUUAUGAUCAACCUUAAAAGUUAAUUGACGUCUUUGUAUACGGUCGUAAAAGUGACAAACUUUAGGACCUGGCCACAAGGCCUUUAGAGGUUAGGCAGGUAGGGCUGCUGAAAAUGAGGCGCCUCGAUAUUUGCUAACAUGAUUUUUUACUGAGCGAUGAACAUAAACAUUUAAUGGUGUAAAGCAGAAAGCGACAGCAGUCAUUUUUGAUGUAAGCUAAAAUGAGAUCUAUUACCCCAUGAUAAAGUUUGAUUUAACGCUUACUGCUUUCGCUGGAUUCAAAAACAGCUGCUCCGAACUUUCUACUUAACACCGCUCAAUUAUGCAUUAAAUUUUCAACCUCUUAGGACUGUUACCGUCGUAUUUAUAAACAAAGUAAAUAUUAUUACUUUUGCUUAAGUAAUUACAUGAGCAACAUUUUUCUUUUCAUACUUAAGAAAUAGAACUGACUAGAAUGAGAAUAACUUACUUAUAACUUAAAUACAGUAGGUACUUAUUAAAUUUCGUUGCUAAUUAAAGCUAUUAUUCAAGAAUUAUAGUGUUAAGUAAUUACUUGUUUAUAAAUACGAGUGUUAAGUUAUUCUUAUUAUCUCGCUGAAACGCACUAAGAGUUCGUUUGUGUCUAUUCUCAGGGAAAAUCAUAGAUUUUAAUCUUAUGGGGUAAAUACUGUUUUUAUUAUGACACUUACAUAUUAAAUUUUGAUUACUUAAAUGUUAAAUUUAAUGUUCUCGGUCAAUGAAGUUACUUGAGUUUUUUUUCAUAGGAAUAAGGGAGGAUCCCCGUGUUUUGAUUAAAUUUUACUGAGGUCUUGUAAAAUAGGGAGUCCAGUAUAAUAAAGAAAUAGUAUGUAUACACAAUAUUCUAGUGAUUUUUAAUAAAAUUCCACAUUUCUUAUUUAAUUUUAUGUUAAUAUAAUACAAUUUUCCGCAAAGCUUUUUAGGUUUGGUUUUUCAGUUUUGCUUUAAUUAGGUAUGUAGUGUUGGUUUCGCUAUACAUCGUUUAUCUGCCUCGGGUGGUGUGGUGCAAACUACAUAAUUCAGUUCAUUACUACCUACUUGUUUACUAACAACUACCAUCUCAAGUGGUUUAGCAUAAUAGCUUUGAAACUUUUUAACCGACGAAAAAAAGACGGAGGAUUCUACCUUGUUAAUAUAAUUUGUACAUGAAUUCGCAGUGAAAAUAGAUACCUUUAUAAAUGGCGAUACCAAAGUAACAACAAUUUUCACCACCUAAAAGGUUUUUUUUUUUCUUUUUUUAUUUAGAGGCUUUUAUUCUAUGAAUAUGCCAGCCUCAUCGUACCCUAACCAAAGCAUCUCUUAUCUAUUAGACAAGUCCGUCCGUCUGUGGUGCUGUUUCAGCGGCCAAACCGUAAGAGAUAGAUAAAGAGAAUAUUUAAGUUAUAAGUUAAGAAUAGUCUGAUAAGACUACAAACCGGAUUUGAGUAACGUAGCACUUCCGGUUUUCGAGAAAUCACGAAUUUCAAACGAAACCACACAAAAUCUCCGAAAUUCUCAAUUAAUUAAAUACAUUUUUUUUUUAAAUCAGGUUUUGGUGAACAUUUGGUUCACUGGUUUGCUAGUACAUAACUAAUUUAAUUUAAAACAUUGGAGAGGGCGAGCUUUUCUUACUAGCGAAAACCAUAUCAAACAUCGACUUUGCUGCAUCUGAGUUUGGUAGUGCUAAUAACCUAAAAGGAUCAAAGAUUUUGGGAUAAAAAUUAUCCUAUGUCCUUCCCCGGGACUCGAACUAUCUCUGUACCAAACAUUUCAAUCGGUUCAGCAGUUAAAGGCAGAAACAGCCUUAUGAACCGUGACGCGUAUUUUCUAUGGCGCAUUGCGUCGCAUCGGAUGUUUCUAAUGUGAAUAUAAUGCGAUUCAAAUAAGAAUAGGAAAUCCAAUGACCUCCAUCUGUCAAAUGUAGCUUGUAAAGUACAGUUUGCAAAAAAAACUCUGAACACUUUUUUAGCACUCUGCUAAUUCUAGCAUAAAAAUCAAACAUUUUUAAACAAACAAUAACAAAUAUUGAUAAUUAAUAUUGGUUGAUAUUUCUUUUCAUUUAUUGAGCUUUGGCUAUGUAUAGUUGAUAACCUAAAUCGUCAACCAAAUGUCACUUUAUGUUGCGUUUAGAAAGACGAUUUAAAGCUUUCGUUUGCAUAUAGGAUACAUGUUCGUAUGUGACCUGCAUGAUUAUUCAUAACUACUC